CAGCGAGUGAGGCUGAACGCCAUUUUGGUUUCCUCAAAGGAUUUGAGAGAAGACUUUUGAGAUAUUUUGUAAGCCAUGUGGUUAACUAGAAUCUUAUGCAAGCGACAUAUACCUGGAAGGAUUUAUGGCGGGAAGUACCGUCUUGUGAAAAGGGAAACACCAACCAUCAGGCGAACUAAAGUGAAAAAUGAAUUGAGAUUACAAAGAAAUGAGAGUCUUCUGGCAGUUCCCUAUUUGACACAGGCACAAGAAUUUGAACAUGCUUGGGAAAGGAAACAAGAAGAACAGAGGAUGUUUAAUGAAGCUUGGCAAAAACACAAAACCAAAAAACUGAAGAAUGUGUAUGCAUUUGGACCUCUAAGUCAAGGGAAAAAGGAAAACAUUAUGGAACACUUAAAUGCUACAAGAACUAAACAUGAAUGAUUAAGAUUUUUAAACAUCUGUCACUGUACAUUCAUAAAAUGUCACCAUUGCAAGUCAGUGGAUACUAUCAGAACUACCAAUACAUGUACAUGCAGACUUGACUUUGAUGUCUAUCAGUAAUAAUGCUUGGGUCAAAAAUAGUGAAGGAAGCAUUGCAUUCUACUUAGGAUUUCACAUAGUCAUAGGAAAAGCAUGGCACAAGUACUAUAUUACAAUUUAAAAUUUUAGCAAUGUUAAUUUUGUAAAUUUUCAAAGUUUAUAAAUGUAGAAUUCACAUGAUGUAAGUGGUGAGUUUUACACACAACUUUAAGCAAAAAUUUACCUUUUCACUGCCAAGAUCUGAUUGUUAAUUCUCCCCACCAGCUGCUACUCAUUUCCUUGUAAAUUGGUUAUAAGAAUGUGGUGUAAGAUCAAGUUGACAACUUUCACCUGAUAAGUUUGAGUAUUCUCCUGACCUGUUUGCUGGAUAAUGUAUGGAUAUUAUAUGGAGAAGUUACAUCAAUGGUAAUCACUUUUGGGAGUAAAGGGGUUAAGUCAUGCACUCUCAGGCUCACUCACUUAGGAGAUAGGGCUCACUCACUGACAUUAUGGCAAAAAGUCAGAAAAGGGGAUAUUAAUCCUUGAAGCUUGAAUUUAUGUUUUGGACAGCAUCAUUGUUUGGUUGGAUUAUGUUUGAAGGAAUUUUAAUGUUAAUGGAUAUUGUGGUCAAUUAACUCAAGAACAAAAAUUUGUUCAUUAGUCCAGCGUAAACUUUUAGAGGGCAUUGUGUAAUGACUUUGUUUUAGGUGCCAAAUACACUCAGCCACCAUAAGUUGGUGAACUAAAUAUGUUCCCAGAAUUUAAUGUGAUGAGGUCUGGUUAAAGCCAGUGCCAAGGAAACUUUGUUUGCACAUUAACAGAGAACAUGCAUCAAAGAAACUUUUGGAAUUAAAUGUCUUAGUGUAAAAAUUUGUUUAUUUACCUACCUUGGUUUUUUAUCUUAAAAGCUUUCAAAAGUCAAUGGCAGUGAGGGGAACUAAACCAAAAGUUUAGGUUACCGUAGAGGAAUGGUUAGACACUGAUGAUUGGCUCAGAAACAAUUUUGAACAAUAAAUUUGCAGCAGGCAUCGUCA